AUGGCUCCAAUGGCGGUAUCGUCUAGCAGUCUUAUCAUUACCGUCUUCAUAUGCUUCUCAUUGGCUGCCACAUCACUGUCCACGUCGGAUGACGACAACGACCGUCAGAGCUACAUCAUCCACAUGGACAAAUCAGCAAUGCCGAGCUCCUUCCCCACUCCACACGAUUGGUACUCUUCCAUCCUGUCCUCCAUAUCGGGCCACGAGAGCGGCCCAAUCAUCCAUCUCUACACCUACACCCACGUCAUGAACGGCUUCUCCGCUGUCCUCUCCAAGGCCCAACUCGCCAGGCUCGAACGGACCCCGGCCCACAUCGCCACGUUCCCGGAGUCCAUGGGCCGACGCCACACCACCCACACCCCGGACUUCCUGGGCCUCAACACCCGCGCCGGGCUGUGGCCCGCCGCCAGGUUCGGCGACGACGUCAUCAUCGGGGUACUCGACACCGGCAUCUGGCCGGAGAGCCAGAGCUUCGGCGACACGCUGAUGCCCCCGGUCCCCGCCAGGUGGCGCGGCACGUGCGAGACCGGGACCGACUUCAACUCCUCGCACUGCAACCGGAAGCUGAUCGGGGCCCGGAAGUUCAGCCGGGGGAUGGAGCAGCAGCGCCUCCCGAUAAACACCACCGAGGACUUCGACUCCCCACGCGACUUCCUCGGGCACGGGACCCACACGUCGUCCACCGCCGCCGGCAGCCGGGUCGACAACGUCGACUACUUCGGCUACGCCAAGGGGACCGCCUCGGGGAUCGCGCCCAUGGCCAGGCUGGCAAUGUACAAGGUUCUCUUCUACGACGACAAUCAGGACAUUGAGAAAUCCUACGACGCCGCUGCCACCGACGUCCUCGCCGGGAUGGACCAGGCGAUCGAGGACGGCGUCGACGUGAUGUCGCUGUCCCUGGCGUUCUUCGAAACGCUGCCGUUUUACGAAAACCCCAUCGCCGUUGGAGCAUUCGCCGCGGUUAAGAAGGGCAUCUUCGUAGCUUGCUCGGCUGGAAACGGUGGGCCCCACGGAUACACCAUGCAGAACGGAGCUCCGUGGAUCACGGCGGUGGGAGCGGGCACCGUGGAUCGUGAUCUCGGAGCUCUGAUCGCUCUCGGGGAAAACAAUUCGAUCACGGUGUUCGGACAUUCCCUGUACCCGGAAAAUCUGUUUCUGGACAGAGUCCCUCUAUACUUCGGCAGGGGAAAUCGAAGCAAGGAGACCUGUGGAGACGUUGACCUAAAAGAAGCUGCGGGGAAAUUCGUCUUCUGCGAUCACGAUGAGAAUGGAGAAGCUGGGUUUGGACCGUCCGACGAGGCCAGCGCGGUGGCCGGGGUCAUACUCAGCACGAACGACGGCGAAUUCGAAGAACACGCCGACGAUUUCGAAACGCCAAUUGUGAUGGUGAGCACUAAAGAUGGAGACUACAUCAAGAGCUACAUACUCAACUCGACCGAACCGACCGUCAGCGUCAGUUUCGGUUCGACCGAACUGGGUACCAAACCGGCCCCGAAAGUUGCCUACUUUUUAGCCAGGGGGCCCGACGUGCGAUCCCCCUGGAUCCUGAAGCCAGACAUACUGGCUCCGGGAUACGACAUUAUCGCCGCAUGGGCCCCGAACGUACCGUUCGCCCCGAUUCGCGGAGGAGAAGAUUACCUGAAGACCGACUACGCCAUCAUCUCGGGGACGUCCAUGUCGUGCCCGCACGUCGGCGGGAUAGCGGCACUGCUGAAGUCGGCACACAGGGACUGGAGUCCUUCCAUGAUUCGAUCGGCCAUGAUGACGACAGCCGACAUUCUCGACAAUGCCGAAGGAACUAUAAUUGAUAUGACGACGGCAACUGCAGGGACGCCUCUGGAUUUCGGGUCGGGUCACGUGAACCCGAAUCGGGCUAUGGACCCCGGUUUGGUUUAUGAUGUCGGUUUCAAGGACUACAUGAACUACUUGUGCGCCAUGAACUACACGAAACCGCAGAUUGCGGUCAUCACCGGGGAGAGCCCCGGUUCAAUUAGCUGCGAGUUCGCGACGCUCGAUCUGAACUACCCUUCGUUCAGCGUGGUGAUGAACAAUACGAACACCAGUACAAUGGUUUUCCAGAGGGUGGUUACGAAUGUGGCUGUCGGUGGGAGCGUUUACCGCGCCGAUCUUGAGAUCCCGAAAGGGAUGAAAGUAGUGGUGGAGCCGGCGACAAUCCGUUUUGAUGAGAAGUAUAGUACGGCUGCGUUUAACGUGACCGUGGAGGUCGAUUUGAGCGGAAUUGGGGGCGUGGAUUAUGUUGGAAUCAAGAGUGAUUAUAUUGGAAAUUAUGGGUACUUGACUUGGGUUGAGCUGAAUGGGACGCACGUCGUCAGGAGUCCUAUUGUCUCCGUUGAGGCUUCUCCAAAAACUUAA